AUGGGUGCUUGUAGUUUGUGUUUGACGUUCCUGCUGGGUACGUAUGUAGUCACGGCUAAAGGACAAAUCAACAGCACAGUGAAGACAGAAAUUAUAGGUCUACGAUCAGAACUUUUAAGGAACCUGGGGCCCAAUGUACCACCAAUCAUGUCCGAAGGAAGUGCUAUCAAACUUGAGUUAUCCUUGAAGUCGCUAUAUAUCAAUAAUCUCAACUCAGCGACGGAGACUCUCCAUACCACAGCUUGUGUCCUUAUGACCUGGUACGACAGGUCUGUCUCCUGGUCACCUGGCAACCAUUCCGGUAUCCAACAAGUACAGUUCGACAUGUCCGAAGUGUGGACGCCCGUGUUGGUGCUCAGCAACUCCGUCGGGAAUUCCGCCCCUCUCUCCACCACCGUGCCUGUCGUCCUAACGGCUGACGGGAGGUUCAUGUGGCAGAUCCCAGCGACGUGGGCCACAACUUGUACGAUUAGCAUAGAAAAGUAUCCUUUUGACGAACAGUUCUGUGAUCUGAAGUUCACGACAGUUGAAGGGCCCCUGCUUGAAAUGACAGCCGACGCCAACGACGAUCCAAAAAACGACGACAUCGGUAUUCUGCCUGACGGGACUGGUGAAUGGGAGAUUCGAAACUUGUCUUUGGUUAAAGCUGGAAAGGAAGGACAAUUGCCCGGUCUACAGUAUCGACUACACAUGAAGCGGAGGUACCUGUUCCACAUGCUGAACGUUGUGUUCCCGAUGUCUGUGCUGUCGUUCACGAGCACUAUGGUGUUCCUACUUCCCACACGGUCGGGAGAAAAGAUAGGCUUUCUUAUGGCUGUGUUUGUGUCUAACGCCCUCUUCCUCACCUACAACCAGGAGUCGAUGCCUCACACCUCCAACUCUGUGUCCAGUCUAUCGCUAUAUCUCACACUCAUCCAAGUUCAGGAGUUUCUCACCAUAUUUGGAACCAUCAUGGUGUACAUAGUGUAUGAUCAGCGAAUGGUAGACCAAGAGUUGAAGGUGAAGGUCAACAAAGUACAGGUAACUCCGGUUGACAGUGCCACCUCAGAUCUCAGGAAGCGCAGGUCUUUAAGGGAUCGUUUCCGAGAGACCCCAGCUGACCGAAAACUGGACUGCAUAUUCUUUUGUAUCUCCUUGUUCUUAGCUAUUACGGCGUACAUGACUAUUCUUUUAUAA